CAGAGACGCCGUGUAUCUCUCGGAUUGCAGGUAUAAAACCCAGCGGCGGCUGGGUUCUAUUUGCAAUUCAAAAAGGGAUUCUUGCAGCCUGAGGAAAUGUGGAAGUGCGAUUCGAUUCAGAGCAGACAGGGCAGCGAAACUCCAAGAUGGAGAGGGACUGAGAUGGCAAGCGGGCUCAGACAGAGCGGCCGGGCGACCAAGCGGCAGGUACUGCUCUGUCCCUUCUUGCUGUCUCUGCUCUGCGGGGCGGUCUCGGCGCAGAUUCGCUAUUCGAUCGCCGAGGAAAUGCCCAAAGGGUCCCUCGUGGGCAAUCUCGCCAAGGAUCUGGGGCUGAGUGUAAAAGAACUGCCCGAUCGCAGGCUCCGGCUUGUCUCUGCUGCCGGAAGACAAUACUUCACUGUGAAGGGCGAAAACGGGAACCUGUAUGUGAGUGACCGGAUAGACCGAGAGGACAUCUGCGGGGAAGCAGCCCUUUGCUUCCUGAACUUGGAAGUCGUGGUUGAAAAUCCUUUGAACAUAUUGCAUGUGAAUGUUGAAAUCCAAGACGUUAAUGACAAUUCACCGUGUUUUAAUAAAAAUAGCAUCGAUUUAGAAAUAAUUGAAUCCACAUUGCCGGGUGCUCGAUUUCCACUAGAACCAGCGCGAGAUUCAGAUGUGGGGAGCAACUCACUGCAGACUUACCAUCUGACUAAAAACCCAUACUUUCUGCUGUCGAUGAUGGAAAGUCCGAAUAGUAAAAAACAAGCGGAACUAUUAUUGGAGAAAUCUUUGGACAGGGAAAACCGCACUUCCCUUCUCUUGAUCCUGACUGCGAUGGAUGGGGGAGACCCAGUUAGAACUGGGACUGCGCAGAUUAGGAUUAAUGUCACUGACGCCAAUGACAAUCCCCCGGUAUUCGCUGAAGAGGUCUACCAGGUCAAACUGAAAGAAAAUCUGCCAAAAGGCUCCUUAGUGCUGCAGGUGCAAGCAACAGAUAAGGAUGAAAGUUCAAAUGCAGAAAUCAUCUACUCCUUCAACAAUAUUUUGGACACUGAAAGACAAAUAUUUAAUCUGGAUACUAAAACGGGAAAAAUUACUACUCAAGGCAUUAUCGAUUUUGAAGAAAAAGGCACUUAUACAAUAGGUAUUGAAGCUCAGGAUGGCGGCGGUCUCUCUGCCCACUGCAAGAUCGACAUUCAAAUUCUGGACGAGAACGAUAAUGCCCCAGAAGUCACAUUCACAUCUAUAUCCACCCCUAUUCCCGAGGAUUCAAAGCCGGGGACUGUGAUCGCGUUGAUUAAAGUUCGUGAUCCAGACGCCACGGCUAACGGAGAAUACACCUGCCGCAUUCCGGACAACCUGCCCUUCAAGCUGGUGUCGUCCUCCAAGAACUACUACAAGCUGGUGACCGCCGGCGCCCUGGACAGAGAGCGCAGCCCCGACUACAACGUCACGGUCACGGCCACGGACAAGGGCGCUCCGCCGCUCGCCACCACCCAGACCGUCCGGCUCCAGGUCUCGGACGUCAACGACAACGCGCCGCUCUUCGACGAAGCGUCGUACAGCGCCUACGUGGCGGAGAACAACCCGGCGGGGGCCUCGCUUCUCCGCGUGCGAGCCUCGGACCCCGACCUGGGCCGCAACGGCCGAGUCACCUACUCGCUGGUCAGCCCCGACGGCGGCGGCGGGGCCGAGGCCGAGGCCGAGGCGGCCGGGGCCUCGGACUCGGCGGCCGCCCUGCAGUUCUACUUGGUGCUGGCGCUGGCUCUCGUGUCCUUCCUGCUCCUCCUGGCCGUCGCCCUGGCCGUCCUGGACAGACUGCGGGGGUCAAGGCCUCCCCGCCUGCUCCCGUGCUUGGGCCCGGCCCCUGCUUCCGAGCGCGGCCCCUGGUUCCCGCCGACCUACGAAGACGGCACUUUGCCCUACUCCUACCAGCUGUGUUUGUCCUCUGAGUCGAAGGGGGGUGAAUGUUCUGGUCUGCAGCCGCGUGCCCCUGUAGCAGAGGACAUUCUGUGCAGGGACAGAUCUGGGACGUUACUUAUGAGCAAUGGAUGUAGUGACUUGAAAUCUGAAUUAGAGAUCGCCGAUGCGGCACCACCUAAUGAAAUCGCUCCAAUUUAUUCUGAUCACGUUAUCGGGUCAAAAUCGAGUGGGUAG